AUGGCUCCAACGAUGACAACACAGCUGUGGCUCCUUCUGGUGUGGGGAGCCGAAGUAUGGGCAGCUGGGCCCAGGACUGAGCUUCUCAAUGUCUGCAUGAAUGCCAAGCACCACAAGGAAAAGCCAAGCCCGGAGGACAAGCUGCAUGAGCAGUGCAGUCCCUGGAAGAAGAACGCCUGCUGCUCUGUCAGCACCAGCCAGGAAGCCCAUAAGGAUGUCUCCUACCUGUACAGAUUCAACUGGGACCACUGCGGCCCCUUGAAACCCGCCUGCAAGCGCCACUUCAUCCAGGACACCUGCCUGUAUGAGUGCUCCCCCAACCUGGGGCCCUGGAUCCAGGAGGUGAACCAGAGCUGGCGCAAAGAGCGGAUCCUGAACGUGCCCCUGUGCAAAGAGGACUGUGAGAGCUGGUGGGAAGACUGCCGCACCUCCUACACCUGCAAGAGUAACUGGCACAAGGGCUGGAACUGGACCUCAGGGUCUAAUGAAUGCCCGGUCAAGGCUGCCUGCCACCGCUUUGAUUUCUACUUCCCCACGCCUGCUGCUCUGUGCAAUGAAAUCUGGAGUCACUCCUUCAAAGUCAGCAACUACAGCCGAGGCAGUGGCCGCUGCAUCCAGAUGUGGUUUGACCCGGCCCAGGGCAACCCCAACGAGGAGGUGGCCAGGUUCUAUGCAGAGGCCAUGAAUGGAGCUGAGCUCUAUGGGGCCUGGCCUCUCCUGCUUGGCCUGGCCCAAAUGCUGCUCCUGCUGCUCAGCUGA